ACCAAACGCGGUUUUUGAGUCCAUUACAGUUGGAGCUAGAGGGAGAGGAACAGGAGGGCACCGCAGGAGAGGACAGAGGCUUCGGAUGGACUUUUUACUCCACGUAUAGGAUUUUCCCUGCGGAUUGACACGGGAGGAGAAGUUCUCCAGCGCUAUGGGGACGUCCCACCAGGCCGUCUUGGUGCUCGGCUGUCUCCUCACAGGACUGAGCCUCGCCCUCGGCCAGCUCUCGCUCCCCUCCGUCCUGCCCAGUGAGAACGAGAAGGUCGUGCAGCUGAACUCGUCCUUCUCUCUGCGCUGCUUUGGGGAGAGCGAGGUGGGCUGGAAGUACCCCGCCACUCCAGGCGAGGUCCCCGACGUGGACGUCAGAAGCGAGGAGAACAACAGCGGCCUUUUCGUGGCGGUGCUGGAGGUGGCCAGCGCCUCGGCGGCGCACACCGGCUGGUACACUUGCUACUACAACCACACUGAGACGGAGGAGGGCGAGGUGGAGGGCAGGCACCUUUACAUCUACGUGCCGGACCCGGAUGUGGCCUUCCUGCCUCUAGAAAUGACAGAUUACAUAGUCCUCGCAGACAGCGAUGACUCUGCCAUCAUCCCCUGCCGCACGACGGACCCCAAGACUCCAGUGACCCUACACAACAGCAAGGGGCCGGUGGCAGCCUCGUUCGACAGCAAGCAGGGCUUCAAUGGGACCUUCAACAUGGGGCCCUACUUCUGCGAGGCCGCCGUCCGAGGCAGGACGUUCCAGACAAUGCUAUUUAACAUUGUUACUUUGAAAGCUGCAUCACAGCUGGAUCUAGAGAUGGAAGCUCUGAAGACUGUGUAUAAGUCAGGGGAGACGAUCUCGGUCACCUGUGCCGUCUUUAACAACGAAGUGGUUGACCUUCAGUGGACUUACCCUGGAGUCCUGAAAGGCAAAGGCAUCCUGAACCUGCAGGAAAUCAGAUUUCCGACCAUCAAGCUGGUGUACACCUUGACAGUCCCUGAGGCCACAGUGAAAGACAGCGGAGACUAUGAGUGCAUUGCUCGUCAUGCCACCGAGGAUGUCAAAGAAAUGAAGAAAGUCAGCAUUUCUGUGCACGAGAAAGGGUUCGUGGAGAUCAAGCCCACCUUUGGCCACACGGAAUCUGUCAAUCUGCAUGAGGUCAGACAUUUCGUGGUGGACAUACAGGCCUACCCGCCUCCCCGGAUCUCUUGGCUGAAGGACAACUUGACUCUGAUCGAAAAUCUCACUGAGAUCACCACUGAUGUGGAGAAGAUUCGGGAAAUAAGGUAUCGAAGCAAACUGAAGCUGAUCCGGGCGAAGGAAGAAGACAGUGGCCAUUAUACCAUUGUGGUUCAGAAUGAGGAUGACGUGAAGAGCUACACGUUUGAACUGUUGACGCAAGUUCCCUCAGCCAUCCUGGACCUGGUUGACGACCACCACGGCUCCGGCGGGGGCCAGACGGUGAGGUGCACGGCGGAAGGCCUGCCCCUUCCUGACAUCGAGUGGAUGGUCUGCAGGGACAUUAAGAGAUGUAAUAAUGAAACUUCAUGGACAGUUUUGGCCAACAACGUCUCGAAUAUCAUCACGGAGACACAAGCCCAGGGCAGGAGUACUGUGGAGGGCCGAGUGACAUUCGCCAAGGUGGAGGAAACCAUUGCAGUUCGAUGUGUGGCCAAGAAUCUCCUUGGGUCUGGCAGCCGGGAGCUGAAGCUGGUGGUUCCCACCCUGCAUUCUGAACUCACGGUGGCGGCUGCAGUGCUGGUGCUGUUGGUGAUUGUGAUCAUCUCGCUUAUUGUCCUGGUUGUCAUUUGGAAGCAGAAACCGAGGUACGAAAUUCGCUGGAGGGUCAUUGAGUCGAUCAGCCCUGACGGACAUGAAUAUAUUUAUGUGGACCCGAUGCAGCUGCCUUAUGACUCAAGAUGGGAAUUUCCCAGAGACGGAUUAGUGCUCGGUCGCAUCCUGGGGUCCGGCGCCUUUGGGAAGGUGGUGGAGGGAACAGCGUAUGGGCUCAGUCGCUCCCAGCCUGUCAUGAAGGUGGCGGUGAAGAUGCUGAAACCCACAGCCAGAUCCAGUGAAAAGCAAGCUCUCAUGUCUGAACUGAAGAUAAUGACCCACCUCGGGCCCCAUUUAAACAUUGUGAACUUGCUGGGGGCCUGCACCAAGUCGGGCCCCAUUUACAUCAUCACUGAAUACUGCUUCUAUGGGGACUUGGUCAACUACUUGCAUAAGAAUAGGGACAGCUUCCUGAGCCGGCACCCGGAGAAGCCCAAGAAAGAGCUGGACAUCUUUGGCUUGAACCCCACAGAUGAAAGCACAAGGAGCUAUGUGAUUUUAUCUUUCGAAAACAACGGUGACUACAUGGACAUGAAGCAGGCCGAUGCCACGCAGUACGUCCCCAUGCUGGAGAGGAAAGAGGUUUCUAAAUACUCGGAUAUCCAGAGGUCGCUGUAUGAUCGUCCCGUCUCGUACAAGAAGAAAUCUAUGCUAGACUCAGAAGUCAAAAACCUCCUCUCGGAUGAUAGCUCUGAAGGCCUUACUCUGUUGGAUUUGUUGAGCUUUACCUACCAAGUUGCCCGAGGAAUGGAGUUUUUGGCUUCAAAAAACUGUGUGCACCGCGACCUGGCUGCUCGCAAUGUCCUCCUGGCACAAGGGAAGAUCGUGAAGAUCUGUGACUUCGGCCUGGCCAGAGACAUCAUGCACGAUUCGAACUACGUGUCCAAAGGCAGCACCUUCUUGCCUGUGAAGUGGAUGGCUCCCGAGAGCAUCUUCGACAACCUCUACACCACCCUGAGCGACGUCUGGUCCUACGGCAUUCUGCUCUGGGAGAUCUUCUCUCUUGGUGGCACUCCCUACCCUGGCAUGAUGGUGGAUUCUACCUUCUACAACAAGAUCAAGAGUGGGUACCGGAUGGCCAAGCCUGACCAUGCCACCAGUGAAGUCUAUGACAUCAUGAUGCAGUGCUGGAACAGUGAGCCGGAGAAGAGACCCUCCUUCUACCAUCUGAGUGAGAUAGUGGAGAACCUGCUGCCGGGACAGUAUAAGAAGAGCUACGAGAAAAUCCACCUGGACUUCCUGAAGAGCGACCACCCCGCUGUGGCGCGCAUGCGCGUGGACUCGGACAACACGUACAUCGGCGUCUUCUACAAGAACGAGGAAGACAAGCUGAAAGACUGGGAGGGCGGCCUGGACGAGCAGAGACUGAGCGCUGACAGCGGCUACAUCAUCCCUCUGCCCGACAUCGACCCUGUGCCCGAGGAGGAGGACCUGGGCAAGAGGAACAGGCACAGCUCACAGACCUCUGAAGAAAGUGCCAUUGAGACAGGUUCCAGCAGUUCCACCUUCAUCAAGAGAGAGGAUGAGACCAUCGAGGACAUUGACAUGAUGGACGACAUUGGCAUCGACUCCUCGGACCUGGUGGAGGACAGCUUCCUGUAACUGCGGAGCCAGUGGGUGCCUUCCACUCCGGGAGCUACCUGUGGGUCCCUUUAAGAAAACCACUUUAUUGCAAUGCAAAGGUUGCGACUUGGAUGAUGGGUGAGGAGGACUUCCCAGCCGUGGGCCUGGGGAGCCUUCUGAAUAGGAAUGAGUGGGAUUUUUGAAGUGAACUUUUCAGCAUUGCUUCUUGCAGUGCUUCAGUAGCAUCUCAGCGGCCUGUGAAGUUCGGAAGGAGAUGGACAGGGAAUAACAGGCCACAGAAAAUGAGCUUUGUGUUUCAAGGGCUUUGGUGAGAUUUCCACAGACACAAUCUGGACUGCAACAAAACCCCAGCAUUGUAAUUAUGUAAAUAGCUCUAACCAAGGGUGUGUCAGAUUUGUAUUAACCAUCUUCUCUGGACUUCUGAAGAGACCACUCAAUCCAUCCAUGUACUUUUCUCUUGGAACCUGGUAUCAGCUGCUGUUGAAUUUUCUUAUGAAGUGCAUGCAAAACCACUCUUGAACCUUAAAAGGUACUGGUACUAUUGCAUUUUACUUUUUUCUUAGUGUUAAGGAGAUAAAAGAUAACAAUUAACCAAUUUUGUGUAAUAGAUUUGGGUCCUUUAGCAGCCCAACAACUCAUUUUCAUAUUGUAAUCUAUAUUUAUAAUAAUACUACUGUUAUCAGUAAUGCUAAAUGUGUAAUAUGUAACAUGAUUUCCCUACAGAGAAAGCACAAUUUAAAAAAAAAAAAACCCUUUACUAAGUAGGUGACAAGUUCGUUUUUGACAUUUACCUUAAAUAACAUAUAUUUCUUUAUAAAAUGAUAAUAGCUUUAGUGGAUUACAUUUAGUAAACAGACAGAGCAAAGUGUAAGUAGUGUUGUCCAGGAAGUCAAAGUUCUUAAUUAUGUACCAAAUAGGUUCCCUAAUCCAUUCUACUAAAAACAGUUAAUGACCUCUGCAGUAAUGGGAUUAGAAAUAAACCCCCAAUCCUAAAGGUUCUUGAUAGAAAGACAAAAUCCUGUGGCCCACGUGACUUUUUCUGCUGCGACCCAGUGGAAAUCCCAGUAAUCAGCAAAAAGACUGGAUUCACAGGGGUUUCCUUCAUGACUAGUGGUAACUCUGGUGGAUCCCAGCUUACACUUUUAAAUCUGUGAGCCGUGAGAGUCAGGAGAAGGCUCCUUUCUUUCAUCUCUUACCCUAAGGAGAAGGUGCUUGAAAUGCUGAGAUAACAAAGGUUUUUUUAUGAACUCUUAUGUGCAUGAAAUUCUGCAUUAUUAAGUCUGACGGAAGCAGGAACCUGCGUUCUUAUAAACACUGGCUAUCCUGAUCAGCCAGUUUUAGAAACACUUGCUUAGGUUACAGGAGGUUGCCAUGGAGGUUGGGGGACAAGAAACAAUUUGAAAUUUGGAUCUGGGCUAGAAGUCAACUGUGCAUGAAGCCAACUAUUAAAGUCCUUGGCUUCAGGUCAGUGACAUUUAAUACCAUGUAUGCAGCAACUGCUACCCUUCAUUUAACUUUCCAGUCUCAGCUGAGGCUGGGAAAGCUGAUUUUGGUUUUUGUCACGUCUUCCAAAAUUCAAGACAAGGUAAGGAUGCUGCUUCCCACUGCAUGGGGCACUUGCACUUGUCUUCCCCCCAGGGAAAAGCAUGUGUAAAAAUCAUCAAAUUCCACACACCGAGUCUCAGAAUAGCCAGGUCAGUGUUGUGGUGAAAAAGGGUGAAAGGUUUUCCUGCUAUUUUGGGUGUAGGUGGGAGGCUGGAUCGUCACAUCCGUCCAGACUGUCACACUGGCUGGCGUGGGUUCAUUGGCAUUCUCGCAGUGUGCUUGAUUGCUGACACCGUAUGAAUGAAACAUGGGCCGUGAUUAUUGCAGUCACUGAUGCGCUUCCAGCAGCUGAUGCUGUGGAAGACGGAGAGCAAUAACACGGUGCUUGAGUACCUGCUAGUGGAAUCUCAGUGCAAGCCCCAGCUUUCUUGUCCCCCUUUUCCAUAGUACGUGUGAAGACUGAGCCAGAUUGGCCAAUUAAAAAUGAAAACCUGACUUGGUUCCAUAGAGCCAAUUAGACUUGAGAUACAUUUGUGUUUCUAGACUCGCAGCUCAAGCGUUCUGUUUAUCACUCCCGCACCCGUGCAGCCUCACUUCGUUGGUGCUUUGCCUUCUGAUGCUACUUUGAAUCUUGCACGACACCGAGGCUGGGUGAAGGCCCCCAGUCCCUGCCAGUGCUCCCGCCUGGAACAAUGACGGACUGCAUUUGUAAAACAGUGUUUUCCAGAUUUGUUUCCUUUUAAAGUCCCCUGAAGAAAAUUUGUUAAUCCUUCCCCCUUUCUAUUUUUAUGAUGACAAUCAAAGCUGGCCCAAGAAACACAAAUGUGUAGCUUUUUAAAAAAAUGAUCAAUGAUAUCCUUAAAAUGUGGUCUGCCAAUCUGUACACAAAGGUCCUAUUUUUGUGAAGAGGGACGUAAGGUAAAAUGAUGUUAUACAUCAAUAUGUAUAUAUGUAUUUCUAUAUAGACUUGGAGAAGACUGCCGAAACCUUUAUGACAAGCUGUAUCACUGCCUUUGUUUAUAUUUUUUUAACUGUGAUAUUCCCCACAGGCACAUUAACUGUUGCACUUUUGAAUGUCCUAAAUUUAUAUUUUAGAAAUAAUAAAGAGAAAAAUACUUACAUGUCCCCCAAACGGCGGUGUGGUGAGUGUGUGAGAGGGACUAACCGGAUGGGGAGGGUCUGCCCACACGAAAUGUGUUACAAACGCCCCGCUCAUGGUUUAUUUUAAAGCGUGUAAAUGAAGAUCUUUAUAUUUCAAUAAAUGAUAUAUAUAUAUAUAAUUUAAAGUUA